AUGUUUGAAAGAGCAGGAUCUGUUUACCCUAAGAUCCAUCUCCUCUCCCAUUCGGCGAUUGUUGUCCCCACCCUCGUACGUCUUCUCCGCGCCGCUGUUGUUCUCACGCCGCCCCUUAGCCAGGCCAGCCUAAAGAAAUACCUAGCUCCUGAAGGACAGCUGGCCGCAUCGCCGGCUGAUAUCAUUCGAUCUAAGAACGACUCGAUCGAUUUGCUGGACUUCUUCUCUCUCCCGCUUCCUCACCCCUUUUCAAACACAAGGAUAUAUAUUCUUCGCUUUCUUCUUCCUCCGCGUGUUCACCAGCAACCAGACCACAAGAAACUUAGUAUUAUAACCCUCACAAUGGCACAAACCCCCCAACAGCGUCGAGCAAAUGACCGCUUUGCCAAACUCGAGGCUGCAAAGCGCGGCAAACCAGAGACCGGUGUGAAGUCGAAGAAGCAGAAACCAAAGUCGCCGGUACCUCUUGGCUGGGUUGUCGUCCUCGCCUUCGUCGUGUGUGGUGGAAUGCUGUUCGAGCUCGCGAGGGUUGUCCCGGAACUAUGGGCGGUCAUUUGGGCAUUUGUGUCGAAGUGGACGGGUUAA